AUGAGCUUAAAUAAAGCAGAACAAAACCAUAUAGCCAAUACUAUUGCAUUAUCAUGUAAUAAACUAUAUUCGCAAUUCUGUAGUGAUGGUUUAACUGAAGUAGGAAAUUAUAAAAUUAUUAAACCAUUAGCAGAAGGCAGUUUUGGCAAAGUUUAUCUAGCAACUCACAAAUUGACACAUACGAAGAUUGUUUUGAAACAAGGUUCAAAAUGCGAUUUAAAUGUUGUUCGCGAAGUAUUUUUUCACAGACAAUUUGAUUUUUCAUAUAUAACAAAAUUAUACGAAGUCAUAGUUACCGAGACAAAUGUUUGGAUGGCCAUGGAAUAUUGUUCAGGACGAGAAUUAUAUGAUUAUUUGAUAUCCAUGGGGAGAAUACCGAAUGAGGAAGCUAAAAAGUUAUUUGCGCAGAUAUGUAGUGGUGUCUAUUAUUCUCAUUCUUUAAAAUGUGUCCAUAGAGACUUGAAAUUAGAAAAUAUACUACUAGAUUCUAAUGGUCACGCUAAAUUAACCGAUUUUGGAUUUGCCAGAGAUUGUAACAUGAAAAAUAUUUUGGAGACAGUCUGUGGUACAACAGUUUAUAUGGCCCCUGAAUUGAUAGAAAGAAAAAAUUAUGAUGGUUAUAAGAUUGACGUUUGGGCAUUAGGUGUUAUCUUAUACACUAUGCUUUUCGGACUUAUGCCAUUUGAUGAAGCCGAUGAAUUAAAGACUAAAUGGGCAAUCAUCAAUGAAGACCCAGUUUACGAUGAACAAAUUGUUGAAUCCAAAAGUGCCAUUGAUUUACUACAAAAAAUGUUAAAUAAGGACCCAUACAAAAGACCACUAUUGAAGGAAAUAUUGAUGCACGAGUAUUUACAACCCUUUGGCACCAAUCUAUUAUCCAAAUGCGAAAAAGCGUUAAAUAAGCAGCGCAAUUCUGUUAAAUUUCAAUCAAAAAUAGAAAAAAGAUUAUUGAAAAAAUUGAAGCAAUGUGGCUUUGAUAUUACUGCCAUUAAAAAUUCUGUGAUUAAAAAGAAAUGCGACAACUUGUACGGAGUUUGGCAGUUGUUGUUAGAUCGUGAAUUAAGACAUCAAAGUACGAGAAGAAUUCCUUCCAGAAAUAGAUCUAUACUGUCAGUUAAGAAAGUUUUCGACACUGACGGAAAUAUAUCUGUAGGUAUGCAUAACAAUAAUUUAUUAGGUGAUGAUCUAAGUUUGAAAAAGCAAAUUUCAAAAAAAAUGUUGAUUGAUUCCAACCCGUUAAGAAAUCUCCCCAAUACAGAUACGUCUCAAUUGGUUAAUACUGAUGACAAAGAGCCUAGUAGUGGUAAUAGUAGUACUACCACCAACACUGCCACCACUAAUACCACCACCGCUAAUAAUAAUAACAAUAAAUUUACUUGUUUACAAACUAAACCAUCCUUUGAAGGUGAUACUCCUACCGUGGAGAAAAAAAAUAGUGGUGCUGGUAAAACAGCCACUUGUAUUCUAAGUGAUAGUAGUGAUUAUAGUCAUAAUUCCAGUAUUGUUGAUUCUGUCGGUAUUAUUGAUCCCUUGGAAUUAGAAAAGCAAAAGCUACAGAAGACAAGCAAACACCAUUCACACAAUAUAUUUAAUAGAAUGUCUAGGUUUUUAAAACACAAACUACAACCAAACGACAAUGAUAUCUCUAGUAGCUCAUAUAAUGUAAGAAGCAAUAAAAAUUAUCAGCAUACUCGCAUAGAGCAUGUUACUAUGGUUACCGACAAGAUUAACAACAAUGAUACCAAUAAAAGAACAAGAGAUGAUUCAUCUAGUUCAGUUUCGUGUAAUUCUAACCAUAUAACUAAUAACAAGAUUGAUCGUAAUAUUACUGAUAAUGAUGUUAGCAGUAAUAAUAUUAUUAUAAAUAGUAAUACUAUCAAUAAUACCAAUAUCACGAACACUAUCAUCACUACUACUGCCAACAAUAAAAACAACAACAAUGACACUAAUAAUAAUAGUAACAAUGAUAAGGAUAACAAUAAUAAUACGAUGGCUGCUACCGAUAAUAAUACCAACAAUAACACUUCCACUAGUAUUAAAGAAAGUAUUGGUAGUAGUAGUAGUAGUAGUCGCAAUAGCACAAAUAGUACUCAUAAUAAUAAUAAUAAGAAUAUUAGUACCCAUAUUGACACUACCAGUACUAGCAAGAAUAAUAGUAACGGUAUUAUUAAUCAAAAAUCCUCAGAAUGGCACAGUAAAAAGUCGUUUCGGAGAGUUACUACUGUUAAUAGUAUUGGGAACAAUAAAGAUUAUGAAUAUUCUGAUCUUCUACCACCUUCACCUAAGAAUGUUUCUGGAAUAAUAGUGAAGAAUAAUACUGGUACCCAAACUGAUAAAAUAGACGAAUAUUACAACGAUGAUAAACAUCUAUCAGUAAAGUUUAUAAAUGAUGAAAAUAAAGAUAAUUAUUCAUUCUAUAAUAAUGGUUCUAAAGUCAGUUUAUACGAUAGUACGAGAGGAACAGAAGAAGAUGAUGAUGAAGAAGAGGAGGAUGGUGAUGACAAUGAUGAUGGCGGAGAAGAAGAUGGUUUUCGUUCAAGCAGCAAGCAUCCAAAACCAAAAUUGAAGAAAUUUAAAUCAACGACAUCAAGUGAACAAUCUAUACAAAAUUCCAUAGUAAACUACGAAAGUGGAACGGAUCAAGACAUUAGAUCAAAUACAAACUCUUUAAAUUAUAAUGUUAGUAAUACAAAUGCCAAUUUCCAACAAAAUCCCAAUGGUAUAAUUCCUGGUGCUAUUAACAACACUAAAGGUGGUCUCAUUAAUCCUAAUGGUAAUUCAGCAUUGCACACUUCUUUUAGUAAUAGUGAAGACAAAUCAAGGUCGAGGCCAGUCUCCAUAUUAUCUGAUAUGUCCAAUUUUACAUAUAACUCAGAAUAUUCUACAGAUGGCGAUCAAACAACUUCGUCAAUUGGCACGGGCCGAUUUUUAUUGGGCACACCUGGCUCUUUAACAAAUAGUGGGAGCAUUAAAAAGAAUUCAAAAAAAAUUUCGUCUAUUAGGAGGUCUCAUAGCCAAUUAUCUAGCAAUUCAAGCACAUCUGAUUUAAGCUCCAAAAAUGAUUCAUUUUAUGAUAUUACUACUGCAUCUUCUCCAUUAAAUAUGGAUAUACGGGCUUUUAAAUCGGAAAUGCCUCAUCGCGGUAAUAUUUCAGAGACAACUUUUCCUCAUGCAAAUACUGUUUUUAAAGAAGAGUAUUGUCAUAGAGGUAACAGCAGUAUUGCUACUACAACUAUUGCUGCCACCAAUAGUAACAACAAUAACAGCGACAAUGACGGAAGCACCAGUAAUGCGUAUAAAGGUAAAUUGCCAUGGUUUAUGAAACGAGGGAAAUCACCAGUUAGCCGUGGUGGCAGAAUUAGUAGAAGUCGAAAAUAUACCAAUAAGCCCGAUUUAGUUAUAAAAGAAGAAAGUUCAGAUGAAGAAAUAUCCGGGAAAUCAUCUUCCUCAAUUACUCAAAAAUCAAUGGAAAAUUAUCUGGGUACUAAUGUCAAUAAACACAAUGUUUUUGCCACACAAACGAACCAGGGAAAUAUUUCCGUUAAAGCGACUGCUAAAGAUUUUAAUGAUUCUGAUUCGUACAUAUUGGCGCACCCUGUACCCAAAAUUGGUUCGCCUAACUUUCAAGACACUUUAAGGGAUGAAUGUUCUACUAGCGCUAAUAGUAUCGGUAGUACGUGGACGAGGGAUGCUAAUGAUGCGGAGGCAGAGGAGGAAGAUGACGACUAUGAUAAAGACCAAAAACUGGCUAGAGAUAUGGGUGACACUGAAUAUGGGGAUAAUAUAAAACAGCAGGAUGAUCAUUACAAUGAUCAACUCGAACUUGACUUUAAUACUCAAUACACAAGAGGCAAGCAUCACAGUUAUGAUAGUAGAAAUUUUGAUUCUGAAUCAAGUAUAAUUGCUUAG